CGUAUUUCAGGAAAAUGACAUCCACUAUAUGAUAUUAAUAAAUCAGAACCAUAUAUUUUCCGUAUAAGUCCAGAGCACAUACUCGUGCGUAGAUAGUUGAGUUUUAAAUUUAGAAAGAAAAAUUGAAAUUCUUAUUUGUUGUGUGAAAGUUUGAGCUGCGGCGAUGAAAUUAGCCUGUUUAUUACCAGUACUAUUGGUAUUCACAAAUAUCUACCACAUUGGAGGAGAUGGCAUCCGAGCACCAUUAUCAAUAUACGAGAAAAGAAACGGCGAAGACAUUGACUAUUAUGGAACUAUUUCAAUUGGGACCCCACCACAGACAUUCAACGUAAAAUUUUAUUUCGGAUGGUCUGCGAUUUACGUGCUCUCAAAUUAUUGCAACAGUUCAGUUUGCCUUGACCAAAACCACAAGACUUAUAAUCACAAAACCUCGAAAACUUCUCAAUAUGGGCAUGACUUUGAUACGAAAAUUCAGAAAAUUUCUCCUGGUGUUCCGGUAUCUGAUACAAUUACAAUAGGUAAUAUGAAGAUACGAAAUGUGUCAUUUUUAUCAACUACCGUCUCGUCGCUAUUCAGCAGUAAGCCAUACGAUGGUAUUGUGGGAUUACAAUAUAAUAGCUCCUUAUUAUAUCACUGUAAAAAACUCGGAUUGAAGACCACAUUUUCACUUUACACCGAUUAUCCUUGGGACAAUAAUACCUCUGAACUGAUGUUAUGCGGCGAAGACAAGACAAAGUUUCAGGGUAACUUGCAAUAUGUUGGUUUAAGUUCUCGCCAAGAUAAUGGAUGGAACAUUGCAAUGCAAAGCAUUUUGUUACAUCAUAACGAUAAAAGUGUUCCAAUAAUGGAAUUCCAAGGCUCAUUUGAACUCACCCCUAGCUCAUCAUACAUAACAGGGCCAGAAGAAUUCAUUGAGAAAAUCUACAAAGCGUUAAACGCCACAACAUCGAAAAUCAGUAACAUCAAGGAGGUCGACUGCAAAACAAUUCAUACAUUACCGAGCAUCUCGUUUAGAACUGCUGACCAGGAUUAUUUCACUCUUACAGGAAAUGAUUACAUCACACAGUUGACACAAAAUGAUCAACGGGUCUGCAUGGUUCGGUUGAUAUCACACGUCACAAAUUCUUGGAUUAUAGGAAACGUUUUCACGAGAAAGUUUUACACUGUAUUCGAUUUGGAGGUGGAUAGAAUUGGAUUCGCUGAAAGCAUUCAUGAUAACGUUCGUAAUUCGGCUAGCACUGUAAUUAUUAUUAAUAAUGUUAUCUUAAUAAUUGUACCUAUAUUUUUCAUGAUUUAUUAAGUAAUAAGUAGGUUAUGUUAUCUCCUGACUCCUGAACUGUGUGUUUGUUCAUAUUUUAAGGAAAUCUAUGUAAUAAAUUGGUACCUACCACCUACCUAAACCUAUAUCUAUUGUAUGUGCUUCAAAUCAAUAAAAUAAUUUUAAUAUUACGAAA